GGCCAAAAUAAAUAAAUAAAUAAAAAGAUAAAUACAAAUAAAAGAAAAUAACAAUAAAAUCAUGAGAGAAGGAUAGGGUGUCUUGAAAAGUGGAACGACCUCCUCUGUCGGUUGACGUGUUUCUGCAUUCCGGAUGGACUCGAAUUCCCAGCCCUCAGCUAAUGGUCCUCCCCCAAAACCAUGGGAGAGAGCAGGUUCCUCAUCUGGUCCUGCACCUUUUAAACCCCCAUCAGCUGGAAGCACGAGUGAUGUAGUUGAGGCAUCGGGAACUGCUAAACCUGGAGAAAUUGUUCCAAGUUCUGAUAGAAAUACCGCUGCUAAUAGAAAUGCUCUGGCUAGGCCGGUUCCCUCAAGGCCUUGGGAGCAGAACUAUGGAAGCAGCACCAACUAUGGAGGAUAUGGUUCUACUAUGAACUAUAACUCAGGUUACGGUUCUGGAAUAUCUGGAACGUCUGGAAUGUAUGGUUCAUAUGGUGGAAGUGGAGGAUUAUACGGUGGGGGGAUGUAUGGCAACAACAGCAUGUAUAGGGGAGGGUAUGGUGGUGGUGGGCUUUAUGGUUCUUCUGGAAUGUAUGGAGGUGGGAUGUACAAUGGUAGUUUAGGAGCCCCAAUGGGUGGUUAUGGAAUGGGUAUGGGUGGUCCUUAUGGAGGUCAAGAUCCAAAUGAUCCAUAUGGUCCUCCUCCAUCUCAUCCAGGGUUUUGGGUUUCAGUGCUUCGGGUGACGCAAGGUGUGGUUAACUUUUUUGGUCGAAUUGCAAUUCUCAUAGACCAGAACACCCAGGCAUUCCAUUUGUUCAUGUCUGCACUUCUACAGCUUUUUGAUCGUUCUGGAUUAUUGUACGGAGAGCUAGCUAGAUUUGUAUUCAGGAUGCUGGGAGUUAAAACAAAAUCCAAGGUUCAUCCUCCAGGUCCGAACGGGUUUAAUGGACCGCAUGGACCCAACGGACCCCAUGGACCCUACGGAGGAAACCAGAACUUCAUCGAGGGUCCGAGACCUGCUCCUAGUGGUGGUUGGGACAAUGUUUGGGAAAAUGAUGCCGGUAAAUGAAGAGACAAGUGAUAUUUUGCCCGCCCGGUGAAUCGUGCUUGCAACCAGGAAAACAGGGAGGAAGAAAGGAAUAUCUUCAACCCCCACUUUAGUGAACAAGAGUGCCAAUAGAAGCGAAUGUAGAUGUGGAGUCCUGUAUCUUUGGUACUGGUACCAAAUUGUUUGUGGGUCGUUAGAUGAGCCAGUGAAAAAAAAAAAAAAAAAAAAAAAGUGUGACAAAAUAAGAUAUAAGCAUUGUGGACGUCUUGAAUCUGAAAUGUUUAUGUUUAAUUAUAAGUUAUUACAUUCUUAACAUUAGUUUCAUCUGGAAAUUUAUUAUUCAA